AAGUACCUACAGUUGAGAAGUCAUUUGCAACGUACUGAUUUGAUCGAAGCUAUUCUUUCCGACUUUGUUCAACAACAUCAACCGUCAACACCAACCGUCCUUAGAGGCCUCACUGGGUCUUCGCUAAGUCUCCGUGUUCUCCCGGUAUCGUCAAAUCCAGUGGACACAAAACAUACAACGAACUUCGAUCUUGUCAAUUCUGUGUUACGUUUGGGGCAGACAGAAGAAAGCAGUGGCUUUUGGCCAACUUAUCUGAGCAUUCCCCAUGGAGGUGAACAGGAGUCGAUCGGUUUGUCCAGUAUGGUUGUGUCCCAGUGGACUUGUCUUCCAGAACUGAUA